CUAUUGUUGCAUUUGAUGGCAAAGUUGUAAUGCUCGCAAUUAGUGAAGUUGCAUGUCUCCAUGGUGGGUGUCAGGAUACUAAAUGUGUAGUUGAUAUAGGUGCUUCGUUCCAUGCUACUUCCAAAAAAGACUUCUUUGCAUCAUAUAAAUCAAGUGAUUUUGGUGUUGUAAAAAGGGCAAUAACAAUGAUUCAAAACUAGUGGGAGUAGGUGAUGUGUGCAUCGAAACAAAUGUAGGUUGGACAUUUGACUUUGAAUAAUGUGAGAUAUGUUCCUGACCUUUGGCUCAAUUUAAUUUCUAGACUCGAAUUGGAUAAGCAGGGUUAUGUAAGCUAUUUUGGCAAAGGUAGUUGGAAGCUUAUUAAUGAGUCCAGUGUCAUAUCAAGAGGAAAAGCAUGCUACAUACUCUACAAGACUCAAGCAAAUGUGUGAUGGAAUGGUGUAGAUACUACAGAAGAUACCUCUUCACCAAAUUUACGAUACAAGCAACUUGGCCAUACGAGUGAAAAGGGUAUGCAGGUUCUGGCAAAAAAACAAACAAACAAACAAUUUCUUCCCAGCAUCAAAGAACUGCAUGAUUAAGAGAAAGUGAACCUGUUUGACUGGAAUUGUAUAUUUCCCGGCAGCUAUAUGCAUACACAGUCACUGACUCGAUGGGAAAUAUAGUGAGCUCAUUUUUUUCAGGCUUCUUUAAAGUUGUUAGUACUUUAUUUGGAGCUCCGCUCGACUUUCUCGCAGGCAAAUCUUGCAGCACAUUGUGUGGGUCAACAUGGGAUCUGAUCUGUUACAUAGAGAAUUUCUGUGUCGGCAAUCUUCUGAAGAUGGUUGUGGUGUUGGCUCUCUUUUACAUUGUUCUCUUGUUCUUCUACCUUCUAUACAAAAUGGGCAUCUGCGACUGCAUCGGUAGGAGUCUAUGCAAAAUGACCUGGGCAUUGUGCACAUCCUACUUCAAUGCAUGUGAAUAUGGGUGCAUGUUCUUGUGGAUCAAACUAAGGAAUCUUAGACAGACAAGACAAGACCAUAUAAGGGACAUGCUAGAAGAAUACGAUUCAAGUGAAGACAAUCUAUCAUAUGAAAGAUCGUCGUAUCCGACUAGCCCAAUAUCUACAGAACUCAGAAGGACACUAUCUCAUAGGUUAAGAGAACGGAGACAGAUUCACAUGCGAAGGUCUCUGCGGCCUAGGAGCCAUAGGAUCAAAGUUGGGAUCAGGAGGGAUUUGGUGUGCUUGAAUGACAAUGAUCCAAGUAAGCAUUUUAAGACGGUCCACAACAUUAAGGUGACGCGAACAUCAAAGUUCGUCCAGAAAGGCAAUGGCAAUCGGAUUUAUCGGAAGAGGCGGUGGUGAAGAUUGGAUGAAGAACCAGAAAAUCAUGUCUGAGAAUGAUCGGUUUGUUUAUUUUCUUUUAUCCUCUUUUAGCAACUUUUGCAUGGAAAAUCAUGAUAUUUGGCCAAUCUAUUCCAUAUUUAACUUUCCCCUUUUACAUUGCGGCGGCUUUCUUUUUGAUCCAAGUUACCCUUUUCACAAGUUGUCA